AUGACCCUCCCCUGGAAACGCCUAAUCCGCUUCGUCGCCACAGACGGCCGUACUCUCCGCGGCGAACCAAUCCUCCCAACACCAACAACAGACCUCGGCUUCAUCACCGAAGAGGAUAGCCUCCAAGCACGUGUUAUCGAGGGCGAGGAUAUCUACGAUACGACCGGCCAAACGCGCGUGACGGAUGAAAUCGUCACUGUCAGGACGAUUUUGGGACCGCUGGCGCAGGGAGAUGUUCCAGUUUUGAGGUGUGUGGGGUUGAAUUAUGCGAGGCAUAUCAAAGAAGCAGGCCGCACCCCACCACCUUACCCAUCCAUCUUCUUCAAGCCCAACACAACAAUCCACGACCAUGGGAAACCAGUCGAGAUCCCGAAGAUCGCACAAGAUGAGCAAGCAGACUACGAAGGCGAACUGGUACCCCUCUCCAUCCCCCAGUCCUCCCACUCACAUCCACAGUCUGACACGAUAUACUCCACCUACACAAUCGGCAACGACAUCUCCUCCCGCAAACUCCAACGCGACCCGACACUCGCCGGGCGCGUCCCGCAAUGGGGAUUCUCGAAGGGCUUCGACACCUACGCGCCUCUAGGCCCGUGUCUGGUAUCUGCGUCCGAGAUUGGCGAUCCCAGCAAGCUGCAUCUGAAGACCGUUGUGGAUGGGGAGGUGAGACAGGAGGAGAGUGUGGCGGAUCUGUUGUUUGACUGUGCAUAUUUGGUUAGUUAUCUUUCGUCUGGGACGACGUUGCAGAAGGGGUGUGUUGUUAUGACUGGGACGCCGGGGGGCGUCGGCGCGGGUUUAAAUCCCCCGCGAUACCUCGUUCCCGGGACGCAGAUGGAUGUGUCGAUUUCGGAAAUUGGGACGUUGAGGAAUAAUGUUGUUUUUGCGUAA